AUGGGUUUAUUUCGUACAACACAACAAAAUAAUUUACAUUUUUCGCUAAUUAUGCUAUUUAUAUUCUUCUAUGUUGUUAAAAGUAUAUUUCGAAAAGAAACAAAAUUAAUUAAAUUUGAAAAAAAUUUAAGAAAACGACAAAUUGGUGCAGCACUAUGCUGUUUUGCUUCAAUAGGUUGUACAUGGUUCUUUGGAUUAUUUAUUAUUUAUAAACCUUCUUUUAUAAUUCAGUUAUUAUUUUGCAUUUUGAAUUCUAGUCAAGGUUUUUUAAUAUUUUUAUUUCAUACUUUCUUAUCAAAACCAAAACGUGAAUUAUGGCGUGCAUUAUUCAUUGCUCAUAAAUCACCGAAUCAAAUGGUAACACCUAUGGCAUAUAAGUUUACGUCAACAUCGUCAACAAAAAGUAUAACACAACAACAGCAACAAUCAUCUGUGAAAACAAGCAAAACAAAUAGUAAAGAUGGAGAAAACUUUUUACGACGACGAUCAUUAGAUUGA